CUCGACGGACAAACAACAAAAACUCAACUUACAAAACAAAAUGCAUAUUAAUAUUACGUAGGCCUAAGUAAUAUCACAAAAAUAAUAAUUUAUUCAAACACAUUACUAAACAACAACAACACACGAAUAAGUUUAAACGGGCACGCGCAUGCUCUGACUUGCCCAGAUUCUUGAAGUCUCUCAGUGAUCGCGAAAUCAGAGAAGAAGAACUCGGACAACAAACAGUAUAAAAAUGUUUUCAUGGAUCCUUCUCAGCCUCUUGCUGAAUUUAUGGUUCUGUGAGGCUGGACUAACAAAUGAAGAAACACCAUCUGUUAAUAUCGGUGAUGCCAGUGCCAACCCUGAGAUUGGAAAACUUCUGGGCAGAAUUAAAUAUGUUGCUCGAAGUUGCAAAGAAAUUCGUGACAAGUAUCAGGUUCAUAAUGAUGGCCUGUACUAUCUGAUCUCUUCAAGCGGAGUCCUUUACCAGACGUUCUGUGAUAUGACCACUGCGGGUGGCGGCUGGACGCUCGUGGCCAGCGUUCAUGAAAACAACAUGUAUGGAAAGUGUACUGUUGGUGAUCGCUGGUCUAGUGAGCAGGGGAGCAACGAAAAACGUCCUAAUGGUGAAGGGACAUGGGAGAACAGAGUCACAUUUGGAACUGUAGAGGCCGCUACAAGUGAUGAUUAUAAGAAUCCUGGAUACUUUGACAUUGCGGCACAGGAUGUGUCUGUGUGGCAUGUUCCUAAUAAUAUGGAGUUGGAACACUGGACCGCUGCCUCCAUCCUGAGAUACCACACUGAAAAUCACUUCUUAACUCUCCAUGGAGGAAACCUUUUCAAAUUAUUUACGAAAUUCCCUGUGAGGUUUGGAAUCGGGACAUGCCUCAUUGAUAAUGGACCUGCUAUUCCAAUCGUGUAUGAUACUGGAAAUGCGGAUUCUACCAAAAAACUAUAUGGACUUAAUUCAAGAUAUAUAUUUGAGCCUGGAUUCAUCACAUUCAGAGUCUUCAAUACUGAAAAGGCAGCCAUGGCUAUUUGUUCGGGCGUUAAACCAACCGGUUGUCACACUGAACAUUUCUGUAUUGGUGGAGGUGGACACUUUCCUGAGGGGUUCCCUGUACAGUGUGGGGACUUUACGAGUUUGGACUGGAGUGGCUAUGGUACUAAUAGAGAAUGGAGUGCUUCCAAAGAGUUAACUGAAGCAGCUGUGCUUCUUUUUUAUCGCUGACACUCUGAUGAAUCUAAAAUGACCAGCUUCCUUUCCUUCUGUCAGAGAUAUAGACAAUUAUUUGCUUAAAUGUAUCUUUACAAUAUAUAUCUUUUAUAUUGGGCUAUAAUCUAAGAAUGUGUAUGGUGUUUGUAACUGGUGAAAAAAAAAAAAAAACUGUCAUAUUAGCCAUUUAUUAUUGUCUUCUUUUGGUGCAUAUCUAAUCUACUUUUAACAUCUAAAUGGACUUUUUUUUCCAACUGUUCACAAAUGGAAACAAAUGUGUAAAGUUCAAAUAAAACCAAUAUGUUGCAAA